CAAAGACUUGCAAUGAAGGAUAUGUUAAAAGUUCAGAAAGGCCUUGGCUGAGAAUCAAGAUUAGCCAUGUUUUCCAAGCUUGUAAUAUUCAUACUGGUAAGCUUAGCAGCAGCAGAAGAUCUCAGUUUCACCUACAAUGGUUUCCGCUCUGAUGAUCUUAGCCUAGACGGCAUAGCAGGAGUCACACCCAAUGGUCUUUUGAGGCUUACAAACGACACUAAACAGAACCAGGGUCAUGCCUUCUAUCCCCACCCAGUAACCUUCAAGAACUCAUCUAAUGGCACAGUUUUCUCCUUCUCUACCACUUUUGUCUGCGCUAUUAGAUCAGAAUAUGCAGUUCUGAGUGCCCAUGGCAUGGCUUUUGUUGUUGCUCCAACAAGAGGCCUUCCCGGAGCUCUUUCAAGUCAGUACCUUGGCCUUUUCAAUGAGACCAACAACGGCAAUGCCACCAAUCAUGUUUUUGCUGUAGAGAUCGACACCGUCCAGAGCAGAGAGUUCCAUGACAUGAAUGACGACCAUGUCGGAAUCGAUAUUAAUGGUUUGAACUCUGAGAUAUCUGCUCCAGCAGGAUAUUUUGCUUCGAACAAGACAAUGCUUGUCAACGGUCAGGCAAUGAAAGUUUGGGUGGACUAUAAUGGUACCGAGAAGCAAAUCAAGGUCAGUUUGGCUCCAAUUAGUGAAGGUAAACCCAAUAUUCCACUUAUUUCUUAUAUGCGAGACCUUUCUCCGAUCCUUAACGAAGCCAUGUAUGUGGGCUUCUCCUCGUCCACCGGCUCAAUCUUAACAUCUCAUUAUGUUUUGGGCUGGAGCUUUAAGAUGAAUGGCAAGGCUCAAGAGCUCUCACAACUUCCCAAGCUGCCUCGAAUAGGAGCUGACAAAAUAUAUAAACUUUUGACUAUUGCCCUGCCUGUGAUAUUUGUGAGUAUUGUUCUGGUAUUAUUUCUUACCGGUGUAAACUAUGCCAUCAGAAAAAAGAAGUUUGCAGAACUCCUUGAAGACUGGGAGCUAGAGUAUGGGCCUCAAAGGUUUAAAUACAAAGAGUUGUAUAUUGCCACAAAAGGGUUUAGGGAAAAAGAGCUUUUGGGAAAGGGUGGAUUUGGUAAGGUUUACAGAGGUAUAUUACCCUCCUCAAAAAUUGAAAUUGCCGUGAAGAGGAUCUCACAUGACUCAAGACAAGGGAUGAAGGAGUUUGUUGCAGAAAUUGUCAGCAAUGGCCGGCUUCGUCACAGAAAUUUAGUCCCACUCUUGGGCUACUGCAGAAGAAAGGGGGAGCUACUUUUGGUCUAUGAGUACAUGCCUAACGGAAGCCUGGACAAGUACCUAUAUGGCCAGCCGGCUAUUACUCUUGAUUGGAGCCAGAGGUUCAGAGUCAUCAAAGGUGUUGCUUCAGGAUUGCUUUAUCUGCAUGAAGAAUGGGAUCAAGUUGUGGUUCACAGAGAUGUGAAGGCCAGUAAUGUAUUACUAGAUGGGGAAUGGAAUGGAAGACUGGGGGAUUUUGGGCUUGCAAGACUUUAUGACCACGGCGGAGACCCUCAAACUACUCAUAUAGCAGGAACACUUGGGUAUCUAGCUCCUGAGCAUACAAGAUCAGGCCGCGCCACAACGAGCACUGAUGUGUUUGCUUUUGGGGUAUUUCUGCUUGAAGUUGCUUGUGGAAGAAGGCCAAUAGAGGCACAGGGUUCAGACGUUUCAAUUUUGGUUGAUUGGGUUUUUUCUUGUUGGAAUAGAGGUAAUAUUCUUGUGGCAACAGAUCGAAAGUUGGGCAAAGAAUUUAUAGCUGAGGAGGUGGAGUUGGUUUUGAAGCUUGGGCUGUUGUGCUCCCAUACAGAGCCAACAGCUAGGCCAAGGAUGCGCCAAGUUGUGCAGUAUUUGGAGGGUGAUCAUACUCUUUUGCCAGAGUUGUCACUUGGUGCUUCUGCCACUGGCUUAGCAUUUUCUCACAAAGAAGGUUUUGAUGAUUUUGCAAAUGGCGGGGGAUACACACAGUCAUUAUAUGUUCCAGAGCCGACGCUCCUCUCUGGUGGUCGCUGACACCAAGCAAGUAGGAUUCUUUGGAAAACUGGGAUUCAAACGCAACGCAUGCAUAUGCAGCUUUGAAUGUCACCUCUUUGUAGUUUUCUUUUCCCAUAGAAAAGCGAUGUGAAGUGGAAAACAGUUUGUAUGUAAGGUCUCUGUCAAAAAUGAAAUUAUGAAAAAAAUCAUUAUAUUGUACUCAAAA